UGAUUUUACGAUACAUGCAUCCGUGCUGAGGUAAAGGAGCCUGGGCUCAAGAAGAUAGCUGUUGCUCGCAUGGAUCCAGGUCAGCUGAGAUUCUAGAACUGAAUGUUUACAUCCAGACCACCCCGGAAUCAUUGGAACGGCUAGCUUAUUUGGUUGGUCAUCUUUUUAAUAUUUGACGAAAUGCCACAUCCUUCUCUCUCUCUCGGCAAGCUCAAGACUGGUAAAAACCAGCAACGGCAUCGCAAGACCCGCGGUACAAGCACUGAAGUUUCACUCAUCAAACUUGGCCACCUUUUCAAAUCCGUUAGGCACCAUCGUUUAAAGGGAAAGGUCGCGGUUGAGCAACAGACUACUUCAGCUUCAUCACCCUAUCCUGAAUCUGAUAUGAGCCUGUCACCUCCUUCCAGGCAACCACCUUCCGAAUGGAACACCGAGCAUUCGAGUCUUUUGCCAGGAAUCAAUAACACGUGCAUUUUCUCAGAGUCUGCUAGUCGGUCUACUACCGCUGAACAGGGCAUAGCCCCAUCGGAGGAGUCGUCACGUUCAUUGUUUGUUAUGCGCUCUUCGAAGACAACUUCAGCUCUUCUUCCGAAAGCCCCUGUAGACCCCUUCGCAGACAGCUCUGGUGUAUCCUCUGCCUUGAUAUCAUCUCCGUCUAUGUUUGACCUACGUUCUCAUUCGGCAGGCGAUUACAUCGUGCGACAGCUUGGCACAACCCUGGAAAAGCUCUCGCUGGGCGAGAGUCAGUAUGUUAAGCUUGAGGACAUCCUUCCGAUCAGAUCCCUGGAUACGCGAUACGGUGUGCCAAAAUCGGUCCUAACCGUGACAUCCAGCUCCCAGGGCUCUCCAACAUCUUCCGACAUGAUUGUCUCUCCUGCUCCCCAUUUUACCCCCAAGUUCAAAGACUCACUCGCGUCUGGAUAUCUUGCAAACUUAAAACAACAGCUGCAGGAGAAGCUAUGGCUGUGUAAGUUUGCUCGCUCCACAUCAGCCAAAGCACGCGUUGCUGUCGCACCCACCGUAUUCAUCACGUCUGUUGAUGCGAAGCAUCCCAAACCCCUACGUUCCCCAGUUGGCCUUUUUGGACAACCAAUUCCCCGUGGCCUGACGACCCAUUCAACGCGGAUCCAUUCUCCUACAACCAUCCCCUUCCUUCAACUCCAACUUCUGAGGAGACAGGAGAAGUCACUGACCCUGCCUGGUAUCUGCCCGGAACGCUCUCUCGUGCACAUCUUGAACUCUUCCCAUCUGGCGGGAAGGAACUCGCAACAGCCCUGAGUGCCACUAUCACCAAUCCAUUUGAUCUUCCGCCUUUCUCUAUACCGUCCAUGAAACCAGGCCUUCUCGACGCUUCGUCUUAUGACAAUUGAGGCAAGUUGCGAUGCGGAGUGUGGACAUGGUGUUGUAAUCCAGUAGGUUCUGAAGCCGUUAAGUUGGUGUAUUCAUGUCCUGGAGUCGUUAAGUUGCCUAAAGAUUCCUUUCCAUGUUACUCCAUCCUAGAUCCCUGUAUAUACAUGAGACGAGGAUCCUCGAAUUUCUCAGAAGUUGUCUAGCGACUGGCCUUGGAUAAGCGAAGCCCAAGCCAGAGCCGUCCAACAGAGCGUCGUGAGGCAGACAACGUCCGUAGUAACUGCUGCAGUCACCCGUCUCCUAGGGUAAGGGCCUGUUAGCUGGGGUAAGAGGGAC